AUGGAAACUCACGAGGACGACCACCCUCAAGCCGACCCCGAAGAUGCGGUCGACCUCACCCAUGUCACUUUCAUCUACCGCCUCUUCACUAUAUCCUGGGGCAUCACCUUUUUCCUCAUCCUCACUUUAUACCCCAUCAUCCUCCUCAUCGAGCAUUUCUCCACGUCCUCAUUUGCGCGUUGGUAUACCCCCAUAAAAUGUCUCGCGCUCUUCUUCUUCCUCGUCCCGUUUAUCCCGCUGCUUUCUGGGCCUUGUCUGGGUGCCUGCUUGACAUUCCUGUUUAUCUUGAUUAAAUUGCCGUUUAUUAUGGUCUGGGGACUUGGAGUGGCGUAUUUUAAACUUGGGAUGCUGGUUGCGGGUUGGCUUUGGGGAUAUCUCUUUUCUGGAGUUAAAAUCGCGGUGUUUAGAGCGCCGCUGUUGGAGUGGUUUUGGAGACACUGGACGUUUCAGACGCCGCGGUUUGGGUGGGAGUCGAUUCCGGAGUCGCGGUCGAAGGUGGGGGAUGAGCAUCAUCGGACGACGAGUCAGCUUUGUGAGGGGUGUAUGGGGGUUAUUGAGAGGUCUGGUUUGAUUGUGGGAAAUUCGAGGGUGGUGACGCCCAGAAGGGAGGUGCAUGGGUGGUUGUUGCAUAUCAAGGGGGUGGAAAUCCGGGGAGAGGAGCAGGUUGCGUGUCAUUUGUGUAAUAUUCUUUGGUAUAGUAUGGAGAGGAAGGUGAGGGAGGAUGUGGCGAAUGGUAUGAAUUAUGGGAGGAGGGUGAUUGAGCGGGAGGCUGGUGGUGAGGGGCUGGAGUCGGGUAAGCAGGAGGUUGAGCAGAUUGUUCAGCUUAAUGUGGUGAUUUAUGAGGAGUAUGGGAGGAGAUGGUAUAAUGAGCGGAAACGGUAUAUUCAGGUUUGUGCGUCGCCGGGUAUGGCGGUGCAGAACAAUAUGCGAGCAUUUCUGAUAUCUGAAGAAUCUCUGAAAGGCGAAAGUGCAAGUAUUGAAGUGCCAUUUUGGACUGGGGCUCCUGAUUGUAUAGACUUGGCGAGGGAGUGGAUAGAACGAUGCGAAUCGGAACACGACCUCUGUAAAACAACAAACGCUACUACCGAUAUCUUGCCAACAAGGCUUGUUUACGUAGGGAGUCUAGUGUCACCCGAACUUCGAAUUCAUACCACAAGUCCAGGUGAAGAUAUAUCCUACCUCGCUUUGAGUCACUGUUGGGGCAAAAGCAAAUUCGAAUCAUUAUCUGUCGAGAAUCACGAGUCGUGGUGUAGAGGAAUAGAACUCGAGACCCUCCCAGCAAAUUUUCAGGACGCAAUCCAUUUCACUCGCAGUAUCGGAAAAAGCUUUGUCUGGAUCGACUCAUUAUGCAUUAUUCAGGAUUGCCCCGAAGAUUGGGCCAGAGAAGCAGCAAAGAUGUCGUCAGUCUACUCACAAGCGUAUUGCACAAUAUCAGCCAGCGGCGCAGACGAGGCAAAUGGAGGCUGUUUCCGAACACGUAAUCCGCUCAUGAAAUUCCCCUGCAAUCUACUAUUUUCCGACGAUGAUACACUCGCUAUCAGGACUGUCGAUUCUGCAUCUGAGAACGAUAAUUUCGGUGUUGAAGUGGAUGCUAGUCCACUUAGCAAACGAGCAUGGGCAUUUCAAGAAAGACUGUUGAGUAAGAGGAUAGUGCAUUUUGGAGCCAAUUAUCUGUUCUUUGAAUGUAGUUUUCAUUUUGCGUCGGAGUUACUUCAGGGAGGUCAGGAAUUCAGCUCAAAGCGCACACCUGCUCCACCCAAACACUUUUUCAAUAACUGGCUUUCGCAUUUCUUAUCACGCUUUGCUGGCGAAGGACAUGAGACGAAAGGUCCGACCACCUGCGUCUCAUCCUCGCGAUAUGACAGUGUGACUGGAUAUCGAGCCGCUUUCAAUACAUUACGACAGAGCGAACCAACUUUACCUUCGGACACGCAUUUUCUGCAACUUCGUCUACAUGCAUCGUGGUACGAGCUCGUCACCAUGUACACCAGCGCCGAUCUAACGAACACUUCUGAUCGAUUAAUAGCAAUCUACGGGAUCGCACAGGGAAUACAAGAUCCACAAGAUCCACCAAAUUAUAUCGCAGGCCUCUGGAAACAUCAUCUCCCAUACGACCUCCUUUGGCACCUUGAUACUGUCCCAUCGCCUCGUCCGAGAUAUCCGCGAGCGCCGUCCUGGUCUUGGGGAGCGAUUGAUGGGAGAGUAACGCAAUCUCUCCUCGUUCCUCCUGUCGCGAAGAAGGAACCGGAUUUCCACAUCAUCAGUACAGCUAAUAUCAUUGCUGUGGAAAUGCUGGAAUCUACACCUGGUAUUGCGAAGGGUUAUAUAGAUCUCGAAUGCCAUUGGUUUGAUAUAACAAAUUUAACGUACGGUCCCAACCGCUAUCAUACUUCGAGUCUCGUGCUACGCACGACAGAAAUCCCGUUCAAGGCGGAAUAUAUACCUGAUUAUAUGACUGAGCAGCCGGAGUUUUGUGUGGAGCUUGUUAGGGUUGUGAGGUUGGAUCAAAGAUUGCCGGCGACCUGGAUACUGGAGACGCAUGGGAUUGCGCUGGGGGGGGAGAGGGGAGAAAUUGGAAACGGCGAAGGGUAUAGGAGGGUCGGAACGUGGGUUGCGAGGUGGGAGAUGGAUGUGAGGGAGGUCGAGGCGUAUAGACAGAGAAUGGGAGAAAGGGGGAGGAGUGGUGAUGUGGAAUUGUUUUUGGCGGCGUUGGGGGAUGCGGGGAGGGGUGUUGGUGAGGGUGGGAGGAGGGUGGUGAGGGUUGUUUAG